CUCCGUAUGGGGCAGGCAGUUGAGCCAAAAUCGCCGCGUCGAGUAUGUAAAAACCGCCAGAGUCAAUUUUCAGCCCUUUUGUGAUCUCAAACACGCCGGACCCAAGACCCGCCCAAUGCAAACAACCCUGGACCGCUAGCUCGGCCCUUCCGUCUUCACAUCAACCACACCACACCACCCCAACCACCACUGCCACCCUCCACCUCCACCUCCACCACAACACGCGCGCCAAGUCACCUCGAUACUUACCCCUUCACACUAUACGAUGAAUGAUCGCGACGAGUCCCGCGACGCCCAGAUCGCCGGCGCCCUGCGCAAGGCUGUAGCCGACGCAUUCCGUAAAGACCCUGAAUCGGUAACGCUGCGGACGGUCCGCAAUGAGGUCGCCGAGGAAUUGAAACUUGGAGAAGGCUUCUUUAAAUCGGACCCGUACUGGAAGGAUAAGUCGAAGGAGAUUGUCCUGCAGGAGGGGGAUAUUCAAAAUGCCAACAUGGAGGCUCCUCCGCCGAAGACGUCGCCCGAAAAGAAGAAACGCGUCGCAAAGGCCCCCGCGGCGAAGAAGGCUACGGCAAAGAAGGUUACGGCGAAGAAGCCUGCGCCGAAGAAGGAGGAUAUCUCGGAGCCCGAGCCAGACGUGGGCGGUGCCGAGGACGAGGACGAGGACGAAGAGGACAUCGCGCCGAAACCGCGCAAACGAGGCCGACCCACCAAGACUGCUGCAGAGAAGAAGCCGGUCGCUAAGUCGAGGGCAAGGGUGAAGAAGGUGGUAAAGGGGGAGGACGAGGAAAAGGAGGAGGAGAAGGAGAAGGAAGUAGAGGUGACGGAGAGACACUCGACGCCGAAUGUGGAACCAAAGGAUGAAGAUGACGACAGCGUGCUGUCAGACCUGCCCGACGACUUCCUCGACGAGCCGGAACCACCGAAGAAGAAGCUCAAGAAAAGCAUCGUGCAGAGUCCAUCGAGCAAGGCGACCAAGGCGAGCCCGAAGGCUGCAAAGGCUGCGAAAGCGGAAAUAGUCGACAGUGAGAACGAGGAGGCAUCUGCAUUGAAGGCGGAGCAGAAUGGGGAAUCCGCAGGAGGGGAGUCCGGGGACGAGAGUGAGAUGUCGGUUGUGCUAGAUGAGACGCCAAAGAAGAAAGCUCGUGGCCGUAAAGCUGUUGCCGCUAGUGGUGACACAAAGAAGAAAGGAAAGGCUGCGGCUGCGAAGCCCAAAAAGGCCACUAAGGCUAAGGCGAAGGCUUCGGGCAAGGAAUCCUCUCCCGACGAGGAACAGAUCAAGACAUUGCAAGGCUGGCUCGUCAAGUGUGGUAUCCGCAAGAUGUGGUCCCGAGAACUAGCAAAAUGCGACACACCCAAGGAGAAGAUCCAGCACCUGAGGCAGAUGUUAUCAGACGCAGGAAUGUCGGGCCACUACUCCCUCGCGAAAGCGACCAAGAUCAAGGCGAGACGCGAACUGGAGGACGAGGUUGCCGGAGUUCAAGCGGGCGUCUCAGAUUGGAACAAUACCAACGACGGCAUGGUUACCACCCGGUCCGGAAGAACCUCCAUCAGCUCUCCGAGUACUGGGCGAAGACUGGUACAGCGAUCGCGCGGAUUGGAGGGUCUCGAAUUUCUGGAUGGUCAGAGCGACUCCGACUGAUUACCACCGCCGACACCUCGCUGUACACCUUUAAUAUACCCCUCGGGCGCUCCCCCCACUUUCUAUCCUACCUACCACCCUCUUGUACGAUACCUCUGCAUGGUUUGCUUUAGGUCUGUCAUUUUGCUUGCCGGGUCACUGAGGAGAUGUGAAUGUUAAUAUUUCCAUCACCGAAUAAUGGGAUAAUAGAGCUAUUACUCUCUCUGCUUUCCCGUCACUUU